AUGCCCGGUUCACGUGAUGGCGUAGGCAUAGCAUAUACCAUCGUCGCCAUGGUCGCGGAACUCCCUCACCCCCGCCGAGUGGUCACCGGCCACGACAGCGCCAGCAAGGCCAUCUUUGUCGCAGACGGCGAGGUCCCCGCCGUGCCCAUUGCCGACACCAUCAACUUUGCCGUGCUCUACGAGACGCACGAGUUCCCCGCCGACAACGGCGAGUGGACGGACCCGGUCAAGAGGCGCACCGAGAGCCUGGCCAACAAGGACGGCGUCGUGCUGCGCGUGGUUGAUUUCAAACCGCGCAACAGGGCUCUGUUUCACCGUACGGAGUCGCUUGAUUUUGGCAUCAUUACCAAGGGAGAGAUUGUCUGCCGUCUGGACGACGGCGCCGAAAAGACGCUCCGAGCGGGCGACGUCUGCGUCCAGCGCGGCACCAUCCACAGCUGGGAGAACAGGACGGACGAGACCUGCCGCGUGACGUUUGUCCUGAUUGCGGCCAAGACAAUCAAGGAUUUGGACACGACGGGCUUUGUAGACGAGGAGAUGGCGACUGGAGGGGAGAACUAA